CAAAGAAAAGGGACCAUUUUAUCACUCUCUAUAUUUUUGUUAGGUGUUUGACAUGUCCACCAAGGCAAGAAGAGAAAUCCAAGAGAAGUGAAUGAAGAGAUAAGAAGAAACAAGAACUGAAUAUUAGAAUUCCAAACAAUUUCAAGAUUUAGCAAUCAGGGUUUGGCAUGGUAGGAAAUUGAUUAUGGAUGAUACGAUACUCCAAAGCGUCUCUCAGACAAUCACCGUGCACUGUAUUGCAUGUGAAGAUGUAUUUUAAUUUUGAGUCCGUUGAAGACAUGGGGUAUUCUCUGAGUAAGUUAGAACUAGAGACUGGACUCUGCGAGGGUUCAAAUUCCAAUCACGGGGUUGCUGGCCACGACAGACCAUCAAAUUAUUUGGACCAUGAAAUUUCUCAGCUUACUAAACUUAGAUCAGGACCCCAUGAAAAUAUCAGUAGAAUCCUACCAGGGAAAAAGGAAGUUCCUGUGUCCACAUUCAAAAUGCUAGCUGCCCGAGAAGCCAAUAUUUCUGGUAGAGGAAGGUUCUCGAAGGCAGAUCGUUGUCAUGUUCUAAGUAAAUAUUUGCCAGUAUAUGGUCCUUGGGUUGUGGACCAGAUGGCAACAAGGGCUUAUGUGUCACAAUUUUCAGCAGAUGGUUCCCUUUUUAUUGCUGCCUUUCAGGGAAGCCAUAUUAGAAUAUACGACGUGGAAAGAGGGUGGAAAGUUCACAAGAAUAUUCUUGCAAAAAGUUUGAGAUGGACGGUUACUGAUACAUCUCUUUCUCCAGAUCAACGGCAUCUAGUGUAUGCUACUAUGUCACCUAUCGUACAUAUUGUAGAUGUUGGAUCUGCUGCCACCGAAUCUCAUGCCAACAUCACAGAAAUUCAUGAUGGGUUGCUUUUGUCUGCCAACGAUGAUGAUUCUUUUGGAAUCUUCUCUGUAAAAUUUUCUACUGAAGGUCGGGAAGUUGUUGCUGGAAGUAGUGAUGAUGCAAUCUAUGUUUAUGAUCUUGAAGCAAACAAACUCUCCCUUCGAAUAUCCGCACACAACUCUGAUGUCAAUUCUGUAUGUUUUGCUGAUGAAAGUGGCCAUCUCAUAUAUUCUGGAAGCGAUGACAAUCUGUGUAAGGUUUGGGAUAGACGAUGCUUUAGGGCCAAAGAAAAGCCGGAAGGAGUCCUGAUGGGACACCUAGAAGGCGUUACAUUCCUUGAUAGUCGGGGAGAUGGUCGUUAUUUCAUUUCUAAUAGUAAAGACCAGUCCAUCAAGCUUUGGGAUAUCCGCAAAAUGUCUCCUAAUGCUGCUCGCAAUAUACGGUCCAGGAAUUAUGAGUGGGACUAUAGAUGGAUGGACUACCCUCCUCAAGCUAGAGACUUGAAGCACCCGUAUGAUCAAUCAAUAGCCACUUAUAAGGGUCAUUCUGUCUUGCGUACUCUAAUUCGCUGCUACUUCUCCCCAGAAUAUAGCACUGGGCAGAGAUACAUUUACACUGGAUCCCAUGACGGUUGCAUUUACAUCUAUGAUUUGGUAAGUGGAGAGCAAGUCGCAAAAUUGCAGCACCACCUGUCGACCGUUAGAGAUUGUAGUUGGCACCCUAAUUAUCCAAUGCUUGUUAGCUCUUCUUGGGAUGGAGAUGUUGUCAAAUGGGAAUUCCCUGGAAAUGGAGAAGCACCACUCCCUCCAAAAAAGAAGCAGAUCAGAAGAAGGCAUUUCUUUUAAGAUGCUAUCUGCACUCGGGUAUAUCAUCAAAAUCUAUAUACCUAAGAAACUGUAGUGUGUUUUGCCCUCAGAGAUUUCUCGGUUAUAUAUAAAAAAACUGUGGUAUCUCUGUGGUGUUACACCAGCAUAUAUAGUGACUGUGAGCGUGAAUUUUAGCUGAAACACGAUCGAUAUUUUGAUUUACAUGUAUCGUACAUAAAUAAAGUCAAGCGUGUACAUUGUAUUCUGUAAAUAAUACUCGGGUCGUCUGGAAACUCUGAAAUGCGACCCCCUCUCCCCCUGUUGUUAUCAUUAAUAAGGGAGUGCGACAUUGUAUGUGAGGCUCGUACUGCAGAGUACGCGGAAGAAAAUGUAAGGUUGCGCGUUGCACUUCUGCAAGAAAAGGGAUGUGCUAAGACGAAGAGGCUUCUUGCAUACAGAAAAUUGAAGCUCAACAAGAAGAAUGAGUACCUUGUGUACAGAGGACAAAUCCAGGAUUUAACGAUUCGACCUUUAAGGUUAUUAGCACUAAAUUUGUUGUACUUUUGAAAUUAUAAAUUCAGAUCUAAUAUCCAUUGAAAUUUUAGUGAAUUUUCAAACACA